GACAGAGAAAAAAAGAAAAGAAAAAGAGAGAACAUUUAUACAAGUAGUGAACAUUCUCCUCUUCUUUUACCAAUCAACAAAGUGAAAUAAGUAGUCCAGAUUUUUUUUUUAAAAAGAACGUUACUCUUCUCUUCUUUUUUUGUGAAUACUAUACUACUUACAAAAAUUUACACAAAACACUUUUCUUUUUUUUAGCCUAGAAGUUGAACUUAAACUUAAACUUAAACUUAAACUUAAACCACCCCUUUUUUAAUGGUCUUCCAAACAUGGCAGUAGAUCUCAUGCUUGGCACUUCUUCUUCUUCUUCUUCUAAACUCUCUCUUUCUCUCUCCUCUUCUCACAUGGAGGAAGCCAUUGCUCAUGAAACUGCUGCUGGUCUUCAAAGUGUUCAUAAUUUCCUUCAACUUCUCUCUCUUAAACAACAACAACCUCAAAAUCAUCAAACCUCCGCCACGUCAGCAUCUCUUACUACUAUUAACAACAAUAAUAAUAGUAAUAAUAUGGAGAUUGAUUUGAACUGUCAAGUGGUUGCAGACGACGCCGUUUCUCGGUUCAAGAAAGUAAUCUCUCUCUUGGGCCGGGCUAGAACGGGCCAUGCCAGGUUCCGUCGGGGGCCCGUACUUGAGAUUAACCCGCAGCAGAACGGUGUCGUUUUAUGUCCUAAGCCUCUUCAACAAGUGCCGCCUAUGAUGAGAAGAGUAAUACUCAAUAAUAAUACUAAUCAUAAUAAUAACAACGGCUAUGAUUAUACUGUAGUACCACCGACGGCUACGAUCAAUUUCUCGUACUCAUCUCCCGUUAUAUCGGCGGGUAAUUCCGUGAAGUCAACGUUGACCGGCGAGAUGGAGAUGAAGCAGGAGAAUUUCACGAAUCAUAAUAAUAAUAAUAUUAAUAAUAAUAAUACAGUAACUCCUAGUCCAGCUACUACAACAACAACUACUACUACAACGACGUCGUUUCAGAUGACGAAUUAUUCCGGGGUUGUUUCGUCGGUGGGUAGACCGCCUCUUUCUCAUACGUCGUCGUUUAAGAUUAGGAAGUGUUAUUCCGAAAAUGGCAAGUGUGGUGGGCCAUCUGGUCGUUGUCACUGUUCUAAGAAGAGUAGAAAAAUGAGGGUAAAGAGAAUAGUGAGAGUACCAGCAAUAAGUUCAAAGAUGGCAGAUAUACCACCAGAUGAUUACUCCUGGAGAAAGUAUGGUCAAAAACCUAUUAAAGGUUCUCCACAUCCAAGAGGAUACUACAAAUGCAGUACAGUAAGAGGAUGCCCAGCAAGGAAACAUGUAGAGAGGGCAUUGGAUGAUCCAAAUAUGCUAAUAGUCACCUAUGAAGGCGAGCACAACCACACUCUCUCCGUCGUCGAAACAUCCAGUCUCAUCCUUGAGUCUUCUUGAUUGUAUGAUUAUAUCUUGAUUAAUUAGUUUAGUUUAUCAUGGAGUUAUCAUCAAUAUGCAUGGGUACAAAAGGAGAAAAGUUUAAGUACUCACAUAUACUGCUAAUUAACAUCUCGAAGGAGGGUUUUUUAGUGGGUUAGGUUAGUGUAUUAAGCAUGUAAUACUCUACUUAAUUGAUUGAUUACUUUUUGUCUUUGUACACAUUUGCAUGCUCUAGAAAACUUAAGAAAGUAUAAUAUAGAAAAUUAAGAUGGUGGAUUUGGUAGGAUAUUGUUAAUUUGUUAUUAAAAAGGUAAACAGAUAGGUCUUGGUUUCU